AUGAAUUCUUCUAUUGAGUACUAUAAUCUACAGUAACAUAAGCUUUAUGAAUAUAUGGUUGGAUUAACCUAAAAUGUAACAGGAGUUGAGAAAAUUGUAAAUAUAUGAAAUAAUUGAAGUUUGCAGAAUUAAUUGCAUGCCUCCAUGAUUUUAGUUCAGCAAUUUCAAGUAUUGGACGAAAAUUUCAUUCCUAAAUAAGUAGUGGGAAUGAACCAGAUAUUUUAGUUUGCUUAUAUUAAUAAGUGAGCAAUUACUUGUUAAGAUUAUCAUAAAAUUGGGAUAAUACAGCUCAAAAAAUUAAGAGUGAGAUUGCUGAACCUUACACUUAAUUUGUUGUGAAUUUUAGAUAAACAAAUAGAAGUUUGAAUAGUGAAUCCAAAAGGCAAGUAACAGAAAUAUUGGAAACAAGAAAAGAAAUGUGUAAAACUUAAGAGGAAUAUUGGAAAUUAAUGAAGUUAUUUGAAUAGAAAUCUGAAUAGGCAUAAUAAAUGGUAGAUCAUAUUGAAAAAGGAAAUGCAACAAAGGAGGAUUUUUAAAAAUAAUUUAACAAUUCUCUAAGAAUCUAAGAAUUAGCAGAUGGAAUGGAGAAGGAUUAUAAAAAAUUAUUAUAAAUAACAAAUGAAAGAUGGAAAUAGUUUCAUUAAGAAUGGGAUACUAUAUUUACUAAUGUUGGCUUGAAUGAAUAGAGUAGGUAUAAAAUAAAAUGUAAAAUAGGAUUAUGUUUACGAAGCAGACUGUUAGUGCAUUAUUGAAAUUAUUACCUUUUGAUUAAGAUUAAUCAUAAUUUGAAGAAAAAAUAUCUGAUUUAGAAGUUAAAUUGAAGUAGGACCCAAAAAUACCUAUAAGGAAGUUAAUUGAAAAAAGAAUGCAAAUUAAAGAGGAAUGUAUGAAAUAUAAUUAUUAUCAAAGCUGUUAAAAUUUCAUAAGAAGAAUUCAUAAGUUAUGAAUAAUGGAAGAAGAAUCAUUAAAAUUAAGAUUAAAUAAAUUCCAUAUAAUAAGUGUAGAGUUAAUGGACAAUUGUUGGUGAUAAAAUUUCAGAAGAAGAGAAAAAGCUCAUGGAUAAAUAUUUAUUAUCAUUAUUUUAAAUUGAUCUAUCAGAUAAAUGCGAAUCAAUUAUAAAGAUUAAGUAAAUUCUUUAAAAAUCUGCUGGGAGAAAUUAUUUUAUAAAUUAAUUGAAUAAAUUACAUAUUAAAUCCUAUCAAGAAAAAUAAGCAAGUAAAUUAAUUUAUUAUUAUAGAAUUCUAUUUAACAUUAACAACUGAAUAAUUUAUGGAAUUAUUAUAAUUAAUUAGACAUUGGUUAAAUUAUGUUGAUUUGAAUGAACUAUAUGAAUCUGAAGAUGUUUAUGAUUUAUUAUUAAAAGCAAUAAGAAUAGUAAGAAUGGAUGGAAAAGAAAGAGUUAAUUUAGCUUCAUAAUUAUCAGAUAUUCCUUUAUGGACUAAGGUUGAUAGAUGGAUAGAAUUAUUUUAAUUUAUUAGUGCCAAAAAAGUUGAUGAAAAGAGAAAGCAAGCCUAAUCAAUUAUGUAAUAAACCUAAAGUACUAUUUUAAAAAAAGGUGUAAGAAUUAUUGGAAAAGGAUUAUCAAUAAUCAAGAAUUUUGGAACUUAGUAAUCUAAUAUGAUAGAAGUAAAUGAGAGUGAAAUUUGCUAUAUGAUAUUAGAUGAAAUUAAUCUAUUUAUUUAUUCUUUGAAAUUGCCAUCAGAAUUAUCUGCAGAAAUAAUUAUUUAAAUAGCAUCACAAUAAUAACAAAUUGAUAAAGAUCAUGUUGUUAAAUUAUUAGAGAAAUAGGAAGAUUUGCAUAAUUCUUAAUGGAAGAAGUUUUUCAAAUCAGGAAAAGUAGUUUUAAGUCACAAAACUGAAAAAUUUGAGAGAAACAAAUUAUACAUUUAUGAAAAUAAAGUAAUAUAAGGAUGUGGGUCUUGUUUAAAGUAAAUAUUACUAUAUUAUUAGAUUUCUAUCCAUUCAAGAUUAACCAUAGAAGUUACUUACUUUAAAUAGCAACUUUAAUAAAUAGUUAAAACAUAAAAUUAAAAAAUUCUAUUUAGGUAAUUCUUAAAUACUUUCUGAUGAAUCUACUCAUUAAUUGAGAUUGAGAUUAAUGUCUUAAGCUUUAAAAUUGAAAUAAUUGAAUAUUGAUUAUGUUGAGAUGAAAACAAAAGUAGGAAUUGAAAUGGAUGUUAAUAAUCUUUAUGAAGAAACUAUUAAAUUGGAUGUUUAGAGAAGUCUUCACAUUCAUAAAGAUAAAAUUAAUUCAAAUGUUUUAUAAAGUUUAUUAAGAAUUUAUGCUUUUUACAAUGAAGAUGUUGGAUAUUGUUAAGGUAUGAAUUAUAUUGCAGGAUAUCUUUAUUUAACUUAUUAAGAUUAAGAAGUAGCAUAUAAGGCUUUUGAUAGAAUGAUGAAUCUCUAUUUUAAAGAAUUAUAUAUCAAUGAUUUUUCAAAAUUGGUAAAAUUAAUAUAUUAAAUUUUAGAAAACUGGAUUUUAUGCUUUUGAAAGAUUACUCUGUAUCUUCUUGCCUGAAUUAUCUUAGCAUUUGAAGGACUAAAAAAUUGAUGCCUCUUAUUAUGUUGCUUCUUGGUUUAUUACUUUAUAUUCUAAUGUAUUUCAAUAUAGUUAAAGAUCUGCCUUAUUGAAUGUGAUAUGGGACUUAUUUUUAGCAGAAGAAUGGAAAGGUAAAAUAUUAUAGUAAAAUAGGAUUCUAUAAAGCGACAUUUUAUAUAUUUUCAUUGUUUCAAUAGCAAAUACUAAAUCUUGAGUUUGAUGAAAUACUUCAUUAUUUAGGAUAAUUGAUAAAAUCAGAAAUAUUUAGUAUUAGCACAGAAAAAGAGUUAAUCUAAUAUAUUUAGAAAUUUGAUAAAUCCAUUAAAGAUGAUGAAUCAAUUAAAAAAACUAUACUAUCACGAUUUAGAAUAACUAAUAGAAUGUUAAAGAGUCUGGAAUCAGAAUAUCAUAGCUUUUAAUUGAAAUUAAAUAAAAAAUUUAAUUAAUGCAUGAAGAGAUGA